UGUUGACUGUGGAUUACAUGAAUAUGUUGGGAGCUGAUAACUGUGCUGAUAACAGGUGAUAUAUUUCAUGGCCUGAGUGAAAAGCCUUGAAAAGCAGAACUUGAGAUGAUGCCAAGCUCUAACCUGGUGUCUGACUGGUAUCACUCUGGCCAUCACCUCCAUCAGCUCCACUGGGGACCACUACAGGUGACUCUGGCGGCCCCCUGAACUGCCAGGCUGCUGAUGGCUCAUGGGAGGUGCACGGCGUGGUCAGCUUCGGCUCCAGCAUGGGCUGCAACUACGCCAAGAAGCCCUCCGUCUUCACCCGCGUCAGUGCCUACAGCGCCUGGAUCAGCGACAACACCACAACAGCACUAACCCCCUGGGACUGAAGAUCAGCGCUCUCCAAGAAUCAAAAAAGUAUGUGUUUACUUUGAAAUCAGGCAUGAUAUUUUGACUGUACGGAAGAAGAGGAAGAUGAAGGUGAUGAAGCAGAGAUCAUCAGCAGGUGGGGCUCCACAUAUUUCUGACAUGAAGAUUGUGCUGCUGGGAUGUAGACAUGCUGGGAAGAAUUCAUCAGGAAACACCAUCCUGGGCAGAGAGGAGUUUAGCACCUCAGGAAGAACAGCUGAGUGUGUGAAGAGAGAAGGAGAAACACCAGGGAGACGAAUCACUGUAGUGAAGGCACCAGGAUGGCGGAGGAACAGCACUGUAGAGCGAACUCCUGAACGUGAUAAACAAGAGAUUGUCCUCAGUGUGUCUCUGUGUCCUCCAGGACCCCAUGCUCUACUCCUGAUCAUUGAAGUGGAUCAUUCAUUCACAGAGACACACAGAAGAGCAGUGCAGGAACACAUGGAGCUGUUGGGUGAGAGAGUCUGGAAUCACACUAUAGUGCUGUUCACCAGAGGGGACUGUCUGGGAAACACGACCAUUGAGCAGCACAUUAAGAGUGGAGGAGAGGCUCUGCAGUGGGUUGUAGUGAAAUGUGGGAACAGGUAUCAUGUUGUAGACAAUAAGAAGAGGGAUGGUGGCCAGGUGACAGAGCUGCUGGAGAAGAUACAGGAGAUGGUGACAGGAAACAGGGGCUGUCCUUUCCAGUUGAAGCAGAGUAUAGACUUUCCUCCUGAUUUAAGAGAACACAUCUCUGAAGACCGCUCUGGAGGAUCAUCCGGAUUUGGCUCUGCUCUAAGGAGAAGUUUAUCUAAGAUCGUGAGGUCCUUUAAGCGUCUCAACAUGGCUGCCUCCACCCAGAGCUCUGGCUAUGGCACAGGGGGGGCAGCAGAGGAGGCUGCAGCUGGAGAGAUGGGAGCUGAGAUCCACACAACCAGAGCACAUGGAGAUGACCACGAUAACAUUCAUUUUGUGAAUGUAUCAACAAUGGCCGUGAACAACGAUAAUUGCAUUGGAAGAGGAUCAUAUGGAACAGUUUACAAAGGCUCAUAUCUGGGAACUCCUGCUGCUGUAAAGAUCAUCCCUAUUGGAGAUAGUUCAGUCAUCACAAAUGAGUUUCUCAUACCAUUGCGUUUGUCUCACCCCCACAUUGUGCGGAUGAUGGCUGUAGCCAAAAGUGAGACACAGAUCCUCAUUGCUAAUGAGUACAUCCAGGGUGCCGACCUCAAUCAGGUUCUUCAUAAAGACACUCCCAUCAAGUUACAGUACAAGGAUAAGCUGUUUGUGGCUUUAGAUAUUGCCAUAGCUGUUGAGUACAUACAUGGAAAACGGAUCAUCCACCAAGACUUGAAGCCAGCAAACAUAAUGAUUUCAGAAGUUAACAGAAAGGCCUAUCUCACUGACUGGGGCUUGGCGAACUGCAAGGAAACCAUGUCAAUGGCAACAGGAAGUCGUCAAACUUACUAUGGCCCCCUGGGAGGAACCCCUCCCUACAUGGCCCCAGAGUGCCUAGUGGAGUGUAAGAAGUGCAGCACCAUGUCAGACAUGUGGUCUCUUGGCGUCACUCUUCUGGAGAUGUUCACAAACUCUCCACCUUGGCUAAGCAAUAACCCACAACAGAUACGUGAGCUUCUUUAUAAACAACAGGGUCCUCAUGCUCUGGAUACACUACAGCCUGCUCUUGAUGACAUUUUGAAACCGCUGAUUGAAUUUGAACCCGAUUCUCGCAUGAAUGCCAAAGAUCUGGUGGAGCUGCUGAAAUCAAAAGUUGAUGUCAGCAAAAGACAUAGUUUCAAAUCAAAGGGACUGAAAACUUGAGAUUGUUUUAAGCCAUUAUAUCAUGUUUGUGUUAUCAUUACUGAUAAAAACGAAUGUUUGGUAAAUGUUAAAGGGAUAUUCCACCAUUUGGGGAAUUAAGCUCA